AUGAACUCGAACCAGCGAGACAGAUCCCUUCCCCUGGGCACUGACGAUUAUCAUGUCCCAAGACGGGCGACUAGGGAGGAUGAUACCCGCUACGGCCCUGCCCAUCGCCAUAACCGUCGCCAUCCUCAGGGACAUCUACGUCCUACUCAUUUGCACCACCGUGGCGUGCUGUGUUAUUUCUGCGGCCGUUGGGGCCACAUCAGACGCAACUGUCCAGAUUACUUCGUCCACAAUGUCGCCGUCACAAUCAUGAGACAUAACCACGACCUGACUCCCAACAUGGUGGCCCAUGCCAUCUUGUAUUGGAUGUCGACCCAGCAGUAA